AUGACAGUGACACCAGCCCUGGCUAAGACAACUACUGACGUCGGGGUUCGUCAGCUGCGGGUUUGCACAACCCUGAGUGGGGACAGGCCACCUUCCUCCGCUGAAACUCCGGAAAACCCUUCCCGGCCCCGAGGAGCAGCCAGGGAAGGAUGCGGGGGCAGGUCCCAAACCUCGUUCGGACCGUGCGUCUGGGGAGGACACUGGCCCCGGCAUCCGCAGCACCAGGAGAAGACAGUGACUCCUGCAUUCCCAGCUCCGGGGGAGGACACUGACCGCAGCAACCCCGUCAUUCACAGCGAGCAUCCCCUGCAGAGCCCCGUCGAGAGCGAAAAGACUUUGCCUUCGAUCCCGCCUCCGGCCCCUGCGCCCCGGCUCCGCGCACGCCGGGGGCGGCCCCACUCGGUGCCCGCCCGGGGCGGGCGGUGCCGCGGCCCGAGGGUCCCAUGGCGGCGGCGCGGGGCUGGCCGCGGAAGCUGGCGGCUGUCGCAGGGGCGGUGCCCGGCGGGGGCGGCCCGGGACGAGAACCGGGACCGGUCCCAGAAACAACCGCUCCCGCCACAGCCGCGCUCUACGUGCACUGGCCCUACUGUCGCAAGCGCUGCUCCUACUGCAACUUCAACACGUACGUGGUGCCGGCGGUGGACGAGGCGGCCGUGCGCGCCUGCCUGGUGCGAGAGGCACAGACCCUGCUCCGCCUCAGCCAGGUGCACAGGUGGGUGUACAGGGUGGGCUCAUGGGGAGUGCUGGGCCCUUCCGUGCCCACCUGCAGUUUCCCAUCCUCUGCUCUACAGUGUCACCUCCGUCUUCUUCGGUGGGGGCACCCCCAGCCUGGCCAGCCCCAGCACUGUUGCGGCAGUGUUGGAGGCUGUGGCGGGGGCUGCCCACCUUCCGGCUGGUGCUGAGGUGACGCUGGAGGCCAACCCCAGCUCCACCAGCGCAUCUCCCCUUGCCAGCUUCAGGGCAGCUGGGGUCAAUCGCCUCUCCAUCGGCGUCCAGUCGCUGGAUGACGUUGAGCUGAGGAUGCUGGGCUGGGAGCACACAGCGGCAGAGGCACGGAAGGCUGUGGAAGCAGCGCAGGGGCUCUUUCCUGGGCGAACCUCCAUCGACGUCCUGUUUGGGCUGCCGGGACAGAGCCGGGAUGCCUGGGCCCAGCGGCUGGAGGAGACCCUGAGGCUCUGUGACGACCACAUCUCCCUGUACCAGCUGACGCUGGAGCAGGGCACGGCACUGGCAGCACAGGUCAGGGGUGGAGUGCUGCCCGCACCCCCCCAGGAUCUGCUGGCUGACAUGUACCAGACUGCCCGGAAUGUACUGGUUGCCACUGGCUUCCGCCAUUAUGAGGUCUCCAAUUUUGCACGGAAGGUGGGAUGUCCCCCAUGCUGUGUCCCCCAAUGUCAUGCUGGUCCCCCAGCAGGCUCAGCCCCUCCCCUCACCCCAGGGCUCUCCCCCAGGGCGCCCUCAGCACCCACAACCUCUCAUACUGGCAGGCUGACCAGUACAUCGGCGUGGGGCCAGGGGCACAUGGGCGCUUCGUGCUGCGGGGUGAGGGCGGCUGCAGCUGAGAAGCCCGUGUCCAGACCCUGGAGCCUGUUGCCUGCAUGUGGGAGGUGCAGAGCCAGGGACAUGGCACCAGGAGUCGGUUGGUGCUGAGCCUGCUGGAGCAGCUGGAGGAGCUGCUCACCCUAGGACUGCGCACGGAUGAAGGCAUCACACACGAGCGCUGGGGGCACUUCUCCCGCCAGCUCAGCCUGCAGGCUGUGUUCGGGGAGCCAGGGGAGGCUCCAGCACUGCAGCAGGAGGGAUGGCUUGUCCUGGACAGUGGUGGCCUGUGAUGCACCUGGGCCGGCCUGGCCGUGCUGGACUCACUGCUGCCCGACCUGCUCUGGCAGCUGCAGCGGGUGCUGGGCGCUGCCCAGCGCCCACUGAGGGGGACUCCGGCAGAGGAACGAGCCGGUGGCCGGGGCGCGAGGGCUAUAAGCGGCCGUAAUGGAUAAUAAAUAAUGGAUAAUAAACCACAAGAGCAGUGUGCUGGCUCAGGGGUGUUUGGGCAGGG